AAGUCUAAAGUCAAAGUCUAGUUUAAGGGGUUCCUAACAUAAAAUACAUUCUCAAGAGACUAUACGAUGUUCCAAAAGAACUGACCUGAUACAAAGAGAAUACAAAACAAAGGUUGUGAAUACCACCAAAUUAAGCCAUUUUUCACCAGGACCUGCCACCCCUAUGAAGGAUUUGACAUAUAAACAUAAUCUGAAUCUCUUGUUGUUAUAAUCAUUCACAGGGAUUCCCAAACGCUGCCCCUCCAUCAAGUCUAAAUGAAAGAAUCCAAAUACGUCUAGUGAAAAAUAAAAUGAUAGGAAACAGGAUACUUGUGAGAAGAUGGGAGUAGCAAAGCAUGGUGGAUGUGAUGGAAAUGAAAUGAAACUAAUAAAGGAUAAUUUAUGCAUAAAGCUAAUAAGUGAAACCUAACAAAAGACAAUUUGGGAUUAAUUUGUUUAGUUAUACAUUGGAAAACAAGUAAAUUUCAAUUGUAGGAAACAGGAUCCUAGUUUGUGAGAAGAAUGGGCAGCGAAGCAUGCUGGGAAGAAGGACGUGAGGGAAAUGAAACCUAAUAAAGGAUAAUUUAUCCAUAAAGCUAGUAAGUGAAACCUAACAAAGGACAAUUUGGGAUUAAUUUGUUUAGUUAUACAUUGGAAAACAAGUAAAUUUAAAUUACAGGAAACAGGAUCCUUGUUUGUGAGAAGAAUGGGCAGCAAAGCAUGCUGGGAAGAAGGACGUGAGGGAAAUGAAAUCAACCCUAACAAAGGAUAAUUUAUCAGUAAAGCUAAUAAGUGAAACCUAACAAAAGACACCUUGGGAUUUAUUUAUUCAGUUAUACAUUGGAAAACGGGUAAAUUUCAAUUAUAGGACACAGGAUCCUUGAUUGUGAGACGGGGCAGCAAAGCAUGCUGGGAAGAAGGAUGUGAGGGAAAUGAAACCUAAUAAAGGAUAAUUUAUCAAUAAAGCUAAUAAGUGAAACCGAAGAAAAGACACCUUGGGAUUUAUUUAUUUGGUUAUACACUGGAAAAAAACGGUUAAAUUUCAAAUUAAUAUGAAACCCCGCAGCAGGGCAUGCUGGGAAUCGACCGUUGGCCUGAGGGAGCUGGCAGUGCAUGCUGGGAGCUAGACUGCAACUGCCACCACUCAGCAGCUUGGACGGCGCCCACGGCGGAGGCUGGCGGGAGUCGCAGGGCCUUAUGAGGGUGGCCCCUUCCCCUCCGAGGGCAGAGAAAGGCCCGGCCCCAUGGCCCUCCUGCCUCAGCCUCCGCCAGGGACACCAGCGCCUGCAGCCCAUCCAGCUGCACUCUGCACGCCCUCAGAGGCCAGAGAGGCUGGCAGGGGCAGGGCCCCCAGGAGAGAGAGGGGCCCCUGGGGGGAUCUGCACUCUGCACGCCCUCAGAGGCCGGAGAGGCUGGCAGGGGCAGGACCCCCAGGUGAGCCCGGGAGAGAGAGGGGGCCCUGGGGGGAUCUGCACUCUGCACGCCCUCAGAGGCCAGAGAGGCUGGCAGGAGCAGGACCCCCAGGUGAGCCCGGGAGAGAGAGGGGCCCCUGGGGGGAUCUGCACUCUGCACGCCCUCAGAGGCCGGAGAGGCUAGCAGGGGCAGGACCCCCAGGUGAGUCCGGGAGAGAGAGGGGCCCCUGGGGGGAUCUGCACUCUGCACGCCCUCAGAGGCCGGAGAGGCUGGCAGGGGCAGGGCCCCCAGAAAUAAAUGACGCUCCCAAUUCAUCGGAUGAUGACCUGUGCCACAAAGCGGGAACCAGGCAGAGGGCCUUCUUGGUGGUGGCGCCCGCCCUGUGGAACGCCCUCCCAGCAGAUGUCAAGGAAAGAAACAACUACCUGACUUUUAGAAAACAUCUGAAGGUCUAUCCACAGUCAAGAUCAGCAUCUGUGUGGCCUGCAGUUUGCAAAAAGGGGAAGGAAAUACCUGCCACGGCUGUAGCCUUUGGGGUCCCCAUUGCUCUCCUUCCUCCACCAUCAGCCUCCUCUGGGAUCUCGAUGAAAGCGAAGCAUGCAAGGCCUGAGCCACAGCUUGAACAUUGAU